AUGGAGAACGUGAAGAGGGCUUCUCACGAUUUCUUCGGUCUGCCUGUGGAGGAGAGGAGGAAGUAUCUCAAGGAAAAUUCUCGCACUCAGAGUGUGAUGCUGAAAACCAGCUUCAGUCCCUUGGCCGAGAAGGUUUUGGAGUGGAAAGAUUAUCUCGUUCAUCUUGUAGUCCCGGAGAUUGAUGAUGCGGAUUUUGCGCUCUGGCCCAGUGUGACUAGGUACGUGCUUGUCGCCGUUUAUGGGUUGGUUUUGCAGCUUGAUAAGAUUUGUUUGGGUCCAGUUUCCGAAUACAUAAACCGAGUAAAACCCAUCAUCCGGAAGCUUCUAGAGACAUUGCUCAAAGGCAUCAACAUGACUCAAAAAAUCUACGAGGCAAAAGAAUCCGCCCUCAUGGGCUCCCUCCUCACCACCCUUCUCCACUACCCAAAGUGCCCCAACCCUGAGCUUGACAAUAUUGGCGGGCUCUACGUGCAACUAUCCGGGCCCAUCGAGGAGUGGGCCCACGUCACGCCAGUCGAUGGCUCCCUCGUUGUGAACAUUGGGAACGUGCUUGAGAUAAUGAGCAACGGGAGGUACAAGAGUGUUGAGCAUCGGGUGUUUGUGGACGGGAAUAGGGAUAGGGUUUCGGUGCCCGUUUUCGCGAACCCGUCUGCGGAUGCUGUGAUUGGCCCGUUACCGGAAGUGAUGGAGGAUGGGGAGAAGCCGGUGUAUAGACGACUUGUUUACUCGGAUUAUUUGGGUUAUUUCUUUAGUAAAGGGCAUGACGGCAAACGGACGAUUGAUUUCGCAAGGGUGUGA